AUCGCGGGCUCGCCUCACGACCGACCCCUCGCAUGGGCGGCUGCCUCCAGCAGGCCGCUGCCGGCGCCGCGCUCCCGCCCGAGCGGAGCGGUGGCGCCGGCGGUGGCCGCGCCCGCGGCAGCGGGAGUCGGGCCGACUCCGCCGAGGAGGAGGCGGAGAGGCGGGCCGAGGAGGAGCAUGGCUACCAGCGCUGCACGGAUUGCGACCGCUUCAUCUACGAAAUGGACUUGGGUGUCGGCCUCUGCGAGAGCCAUCAGAGUCACUUGCCGCACGCAAUUCGGCAGUUGAUUGUUGGUUCCGCGGCCGCGGCUGCCUAUGCCAAUCAGACGCAAUACGUCUACCUAACAUCCAGUGAGGUUGACGUUAUGCGUCGUGCCAGAGGCGCCGGACUGCAUGCAAACGCACCAGAUUCAACGUGCGACAGUAACACCCACUUCGCGACGUACCGCUUCGAUGAAGCGGACCGCAAGGGACACCCUGCGUCAUGUGCUGCCGUCGACCAACUUUUUUGGUUACCUGACUGCAGUGAUACAGGCGGGCCGUGCAGGGUUCAAGAACAAGUACAUUUGCACCCCCUGCCGCCUUGUCUACUACGUGUUCGGCUGGUCAUAUUCGUGAGGGCCGACGCUGUCGGAGGAAAAAACACAACAUAG